AUAUAAUAGGCUCACAUGAUCACAAGUUCACAACCCCUUCACCACUCGGAGCACUUCCCACUUCUCUAUACUAAACUAUAGCAAUGGAAUCAAAGAGUCUAGCUUCAACUCUCUUCCUCUUCUUCCUUCUCUUUGGAACCUUAGCAGCUUCCCCCACCCUCAAAUCGAAGCCUCAUCCUCGCCAUCCUCUCCCUUGCAAACGCCUCGUUUUCUAUUUCCACGAUAUUGUCUACAACGGCAAGAAUUCCAAGAAUGCCACAGCGGCGAUUGUGGGUUCACCAGCUUGGGGAAACAAGACCAUACUGGCAGGGAAAAGCCAUUUUGGGAAUGUGGUUGUGUUCGACGAUCCAAUCACUUUGGACAACAAUUUGCACUCGACCCCGGUUGGUCGUGCGCAAGGCUUUUACUUGUACGACAAGAAAGAUAUAUUCACUGCUUGGCUCGGCUUCUCCUUCGUGUUCAACUCGACCCAACACAAAGGGAGCAUCAACUUUGCUGGGGCUGAUCCAUUGAUGAACAAGACUCGAGACAUUUCAGUUAUUGGUGGAACUGGUGACUUCUUCAUGACUAGAGGGAUCGCCACUUUGAUGACUGAUGCAUUUGAGGGUGAAGUUUAUUUCCGUCUCAAAGUUGACAUUAAACUGUAUGAGUGUUGGUAAAAAAAAUCUUGUGACUAGCUAUUGGAUGUUGCUAGUUUUUGAGUCCGUUUUCCAUUUGAUUUAACUUUUUACUCGACUUUUAUGCAGCUAAAAAAGCUGAGUAAUUUAGUCCUUUAUUUUGGCUCAUGAACCCAUUCUAGUUUUUCGGGUAUAUGAGCAUUUUUAUUGUAAUCCUUUCCUGUUUUGAUCAUCUAAUUACUUUCCUUUGAACCAAAUGAGAGAUGUGAGCUAGUUUUGUUCAUUAUAUUAUACAAUGUGAUGUAAGGCUAUGAGUCCUCCA